CCGAGUCACUCACGGUGCAUGGUCAGUCUCUCUCUCUCUGCACGUUCUCUUGCCCUGUUCUCUUAUCUCUCCCUAUUAAAGACUCUAACCAGUCACAGACUUUGGAGUGUGUGAGAGAGAGACAGACAGAGUUUGUAAGAGAUAUCGCAUCAUAACAAUCAAUGGACGUCUAUGGCUUAUCUUCACCAGACAUACUUAGAGUCGAUGACCUUCUUGAUUUCUCCAACGAAGACAUCUUCUCCGCCUCUUCUUCCACUUCCACCGCCGCUACUUCCUCCUCCUCUUUCCCUCCUCAGAAUCCUAACUACCACAAUCAUCUCCCUUCCUCCGCCGAUCACUCCUUCCUCCACGACAUUUGUGUCCCCAGUGAUGAUGCAGCUCACCUGGAAUGGCUCUCGCAAUUCGUGGACGACUCCUUUGCUGAUUUUCCAUCGAACCCACUAGGAGGAACUAUGACUUCCUUUAAAACUGAAACCUCAAAACCAAGAAGCAAAAGAUCAAAACCUCCAUCUACUUUGGUUGGAACAUGGGCACCGAUGUCGGAACCCGACCAGAACAUUCACGACCCCGGGAGGUCCAAGCCUAAGAAAGAACACUCCGGAGGAGGAGGAAGACAUCAAUCGUCGGCGGAGACGGCUGAAGGUGGGUUGAGGAGAUGCACUCACUGUGCAUCGGAUAAGACGCCACAGUGGAGGACAGGACCACUCGGGCCUAAAACGCUGUGUAACGCUUGCGGAGUCCGGUUUAAAUCCGGUAGGCUUGUACCGGAAUAUAGACCGGCUUCGAGUCCGACUUUCGUGUUGACUCAGCAUUCAAACUCUCACCGGAAAGUGAUGGAGCUGAGACGACAGAAGGAGGUCAUGAGACAACCACAUCAAGUUCAACUUCACUACCAUCCCUCGUUUUAGUCCGACUUCGCCUUUUUGUUUUUGUUUUUGUUAAUCUUGGGGGUUGAGUGCGAUGGUUUGGGUCACGUCGUGUCACGAUUCUACCGGCGUCAAUCACGUGACCGACGACGACGGGAGCCUAAAAUUCAACCUCGAUAGUUUGUUAAUUAUUAAAAAAUCAUAAACUUUGGUUUGCCUUUU